UCAAACAAUUACUCAAAUCCUAUCAGAAAGUUGUUGAAGAAUACAAAAACCAACAAAUCAAGGCACACCAGCGCGCGGGAAGACACACGAUCUUCACUUGACACACUAAAUGGCGGCGGGUGAAUCAAGAUCUCCUCCUCCUCCUCCGGAGAUGGCGGAAAUAGAAGACGAAGAACACGAUUCAAAACAAGUAGUGCUUCAGAGAUAUUUUUUACAGGAAUGGAAACAAGUCAGGUCUAUCCUAAACGACAUCGUUUCAAAUGGCCGUGUUUCCGAUCUCUCUUCCGUUCGCAACAUCCAAUCCAUUAUGGACAAAUAUCAGGAACAAGGACAAUUGUUAGAACCAUACCUGGAGACCAUAAUUUCCCCUCUGAUGUUUAUUGUCCGUUCCAAGACAAUUGAAAUGGGUGUCGAUUCCAGUGAACUUCUUGAAAUAAUUAAACCUUUAUGCAUCAUUAUCUAUACUUUGGUCACAGUUUGUGGGUACAAAGCUGUUAUCAGAUUCUUUCCUCAUCAAGUUUCUGAUUUAGAACCAGCGGUGUCGCUUUUAGAGAAAUGCCAUGGCACAACUCAAGGAACAGCUUUGAGACAAGAAAGUACUGGGGAGAUGGAGACCAAAUGUGUGAUUCUUUUGUGGCUAUCAAUACUUGUCUUGGUUCCUUUUGAUAUAUCAUCUGUAGAUACAAGUAUUGCAAAUACAAACUCCGUUGAUGCAAAUCAACCAACUCCCUUGGUAACUAGGAUAUUUGAGAUGUCAAAGGAGUACCUCUCAAGUGCCGGUCCCAUGCAAGCAAUAGCUGGAUUGCUUCUUUCAAAGCUUUUAACACGUCCAGAUAUGUUGCCUGCUUUUACCAGCUUUAUUAAAUGGAGUCAUGAAGUCCUAUUGUCUGCCACAGAAGAUGUGAUACAUCAUUUCCGCUUACUUGGUGCUGUAGAAACCCUUGCUGCUAUUUUCAAGACUGGAAGCCGGAAAGCGUUACUUGAUAUUGUUCCUGUAGUUUGGAAUGACACUUCAGUUUUGAUCAAGUCAACCCCUGCAGCUCGUAGUCCUUUACUUCGCAAAUAUCUGAUAAAACUUACACAACGAACAGGGCUCACAUGUCUACCUCAUCGUCCAACAACCUGGCGCUAUGUGGGUAAACACAAUGCACUUGGACAGAAUAUAUCGCAAAAUGUAUCGCGGACUGAUUUAAGUGGUCAUGUAGCAAUCUCUGGAUCAUCCAAUUCGGGUCAGGAUUACUUUUUUCAAGAGGAAGAGAUGGAUGUUCCUGACAUUUUAGAAGAGAUCAUCGAAUUAUUAUUGUCUGGACUAAAGGAUACGGAUACUGUUGUUAGAUGGUCUGCUGCAAAAGGUAUUGGACGUAUAACUUCGCGUCUCACAUAUGCUCUGGCAGAGGAAGUCCUGUUGUCUGUAUUAGAACUUUUUUCACCUGGUGAGGGUGAUGGAUCUUGGCAUGGUGGAUGUUUAGCAUUGGCUGAGCUAGCACGUAGAGGAUUGCUAUUACCAGUUAGCCUCCCUAAAGUUGUACCUUUUGUUAUAAAGGCGCUGCACUAUGACAUACGGAGAGGUCCACAUAGUGUUGGGUCUCAUAUUCGUGAUGCUGCUGCUUAUGUUUGUUGGGCAUUUGGCCGUGCCUAUAAUCACACCGACAUGAAGGACAUACUGGAGCAACUUGCACCACAUCUUUUAAUUAUAGCAUGUUAUGACCGUGAGGUUAAUUGUAGAAGAGCAGCUGCAGCUGCUUUUCAGGAAAAUGUUGGGAGACAAGGAAGUUAUUCUCAUGGAAUCGACAUUGUUAAUGCGGCUGAUUAUUUUGCACUCUCUUCACGAGUAAAUGCUUACCUUCAUGUUGCUGCCACUAUAGCCCAAUAUGAUGGUUACCUCCAUCCAUUCAUGGAAGAACUUAUAUCUAACAAGAUUUGUCACUGGGAAAAAGGACUGAGAGAACUUGCCUCAAAUGCUUUAGCUGUUCUUGUGAAAUAUGAUCCAGAAUAUUCUGCGAAAUUUGUGCUUGAGAAACUAAUCCCAUGCACUCUCGCGUCUGAUUUAUGCAUGCGCCAUGGUGCAACAUUAGCACUUGGCGAGCUUAUACUAGCUUUAAAUAACUGUGGUUAUGCUCUUCCAGAAGAUAAGCAAAAAGUUGUUGCCGGUGUAGUCCCUGCUAUUGAGAAAGCUAGAUUGUAUCGUGGAAAGGGCGGAGAGAUAAUGCGUGCUGCAGUUUGUCGGUUCAUUGAGUGCAUUUCUGUCGUUAACAUAACUUUAACUGAAAAAAUAAAACGAAGUUUGCUUGAUACCCUUAGCGAGAAUUUGAGACAUCCCAAUGGUCAAAUACAGAAUGCUGCUAAUCAAGCUUUCAAACAUUUUGUUCCAACGUACUUUGCAAAGCCGGACGAUAAAGGGACUUCUGAUAUUACCCUGAAGUACCUGGAGCAGUUGACUGAUGCGAAUGUGGCAGUGAGAAGAGGAUCUGCAUUGGCAAUCGGAGUUUUGCCCUUUGAGUUUCUUGCUACAAGAUGGAAGAUGGUGCUUCAAAAACUUUGCAAAGCUUGUGCAGUCGAGGAUAACCCAGAAGAUAGGGAUGCUGAAGCACGGGUAAAUGCUGUUAAAGCACUUGCAUUAGUAUGUGAAACACUAACUUCGACUACAGAAUGUUCCGGCUUACAACCAGACGAGUAUGCUUCUUUGUUAAUUACAAUAAAAACCGAAGUAAUGCAGAGUUUGUUCACUGCCCUGGAAGAUUACUCUGUUGAUAACAGAGGUGAUGUAGGUUCAUGGGUUCGUAUUGCUGCAAUGAAUAGCCUUGAAAAAUGUACAUAUAUAUUAUGCAAGAGAGCUAUAACAGUUGGAAGUGAAUUACUUUUUGAUGAUAAUAUUGCUACCAGUUUAGUUGGAGGCCUUGUAAAACAAGCAGUAGAAAAGAUGGACAGGUUAAGAGAAGUGGCUGUCAAAGUUCUUCAAAGGAUUCUAUACAGUGAAGUUGUUUCUGUUCCUCAAAUACCCUAUAGGGAAAAACUAGAAAAACUUGUUCCCAAGGAAGGUGAAUUGAAGUGGGGGGUACCCAGUUGCUCGUUUCCUCGCUUAAUUAAGUUGCUUCAGUAUGGUUGUUACAGCAAAUAUGUUAUGUCUGGGUUAGUAAUUUCCAUCGGUGGAUUAGAAGAGUCUUUGAAAAAGGCUGCACUUGGUGCUUUGUUAGGGUAUCUACAAGCUGUUAAAGCUAAAGAUGGGACCGAAAUCAACUCCAGAGAGUCCAGGUUAUCUGAUGACAUCCUUUGGGUUCUUCAAAAGUACAAAAGACGUGACAGAGUGAUUAUUCCCACGUUGAAGACUAUAGAGAUUCUCUUUAGCAAACGGAUCUUCUUACAAAUGGAGGAUCAGACACAAGUGUUUUGUGCGGGUGUUCUGGAGUCUCUUGCUAUUGAGCUGAAAGGAACAAAGGACUUCUCCAAGUUAUAUGCUGGCAUUGCAAUACUUGGAUACAUUGCUUCAAUUUUGGAGCCAAUCAACACCCAGGCUUUCUCCCAUCUUUUAUCUUUCCUUACCCAUCGAUAUCCCAAGAUUCGAAAGGCUUGUGCUGAACAAGUUUAUCUAGUUCUUAUCCAAAAUGGGGACCUUGUAGCCGAAGAAAAUUUAGAGAACACACUUGAAAUAGUGUCCGAAUGUUGCUGGGAAGGUGACGUGGAGGAAGCAAAGCGUCAAAAGAUAAAUCUGUGUGGUAUCGCCAAUAUAGAGAUGGGACAACUUAUGCAUAACUCAAAGCUAUCUACAAAAACGUCACAGCAGAAACCCAAAACUGAUGAUGAAAAUGCCUCAUACUCAUCCUUGGUAGGAUCUGCUGGAUUUUAAAAUCAAUAUGCACAUCAGAGUCUUGUUUCUAUGUUGUGUUGCUGCUUAUUUGGUUACCAGGCAGUUGCAGAAUAUGAUUGAGCCUGUUGCGUCUCAAUUUGAGUUGAUGUGAUGCGGUUGUCUUUGCUAAUAGGUGUGGAAUCCCGAGGCGCAUAUCAGAUGAAGCUGGCUACUUUAAAGUCCUCUUAAUUUUGAUGUGGAUAGUGUUAUCGAACAUAAUUUUGAUGUAAUAUAGCAGUGGCAGCGGCAGCAGUACUGAUGUCAGUGGUUUAAGUCCAGAUCAAUUAUGAGUUAAGUUUAGUUUGUUUCAUCCA